AUGGUAGCACUGGCUGUGUCCCAGCUGUCUGGGCUGCUAGGUUGGUGUGGGACACAGCUGGGAUGGUCCAUGUCGAGUGGUGUCCACAGCAAGGAGGGCUCAGCUCGCAUGUGGAAGGCCCUCACCUACUUCAUAGCACGUCUUGGCGUGGGAGUGAGCAUGCUGAACGUCUUUCUGAAGUCACAUCAUGGAGAACAUCAAGUUCAUUGCUUACCCUAUUUCCACAUCAGGUUCAAGCCCUUUCCCUGGGGAGAUGAUAAUCAUAGUUUAUUCCAUAGUUCUCAUGUGAAUCUACUUCCAACCAGCUACGAAGAUGAAUAA